UGAUGAUCAGAUCAUCGUCUUGUUUACUGAAAUGAUGUCAAGUAUUUCAAGUAUUAAAUUCAUCUCUACGUCGUUGUUCUAGUCAGAAUGACGUAGAGAUGAAUUUAGUACUUGAAAUAUAGUGACAGAGCCUAGGACCUCAUGCAAUUUAUUAGUAGGAUGCUACCUCGCAUAUAAAUAUAUUUAGAUGUACAAAGCCGGAAGUCAAUAUCACAAAAAUGGUUUCAUGUAAAGAAAGAUGAUCAAAAGUACGAUGGCCCCACCUGCUCCCUCACGUGCAGACCCAUCGAAUCUGAGAACAUUUCCGAAGUUGCUCGCCUCUUGUGGGAGGAAUACGCGCUGGACUAUCGUAGCUACGAGAUAAACUCGAUUUCUGAGUUAGAGGAGUAUCUCGAGCUUGCAGUAGCCAAUGCGGUGAGUCUAAAAAGUAUAAGAGGCGUCCACGAGGAAGCAACGGCAACAUCGUGCCGAUCUCGAGAAGAAGUCCUCACUGCGCUACCUCUUUUCUUCGUUCUUGCCACGACGUGUACUGUUCGUCUUCAGUGUGGCGAUGAUGAAUCUUCACAGCAUGAUGGUCUUGAUGUCGGUCCUGCGACAACUACAUUUGACGCUUGUUCAGCUUCCUCUAAUGAUGGCGGACCAGGCGCAGAAAUAGUUGGGGUGAUCGGAAUAGAAGCGGACGAUCUGGCGUUCGAGGACUACGACGCGCACCAUGGACCUUGGAUUACGAGUUUGUUGGUUCAUCCGGAUUUCCGACGGAACGGCAUUGCUGCGGGUUUACUAGACAAGGCAUUGAAAUCUUAUGCGGAGAUGUUAGAAGUGAAGGUCAUGAAUGCUGAACCUGAAGAGCAAACAGAGACAAGAACUUCUUUUAGAAGAACAAAAGCGGCAGAAAAAACGCCACCGCAUGAUCAGCAUCCGGGAGCCUCAUGUGCGUUGAAAUGACCGUUCGUUUCUCUGUGGGUAGAUGCUCGAAAUGUCUAUCUUGUUGAAAAAUUGGUAUGAGGAUGAUUUCGGAUUUAUUUUUCACGAUGUUGUCACUUGUGAAAUACGGCAAGGUGAGACGCGGACGGUAUGCGUUGGUAUAAAGUAUUUCUUAUUAUCGCAGAAUUAUCGUGGUCACUAUGUUGACGAGCGAGUCCAUUUUCAGAGCAUAAUCUCUAAUGAUAU